GCUUUGUGAAGUUAACAAAGUUAGAUGCCAUAAGCUCCAAGCCAUAUUUCAGCCGAACUCAAGGUCGGUUGGUUUAAAGCGACGUAGAGGAAGAUUCUAAAGUAUUUGAUGUCAAUGCUGCAAGCUACAAGCUGUUAUCAAAGAGAGAACAGUCUUGGUAUCAACACUCAGCUGUAGAUAUUUAGCUGUUUAAAAAGGGCGGGAAAUUACUGCCAAAUAAGGUUUGUGCUUGCCUCUGGCCCUCCACAUAAAACCGAAAAAUCAUGGCGAGUUCCAGCGAAGAUGAAGAAGCGAAUAGUUCAGAACGAUUCGAAAGUCUCUGUCGUGAUCUUAACAUGGAUGAGGAGACGAGUCAAGAAGCAUGGACUUCGUACCAGAAAAUUAGCACGAAUUACACUCUAGAGGGGGACAGUCUCCACUGGCUGGCAUGUGCUUUGUACGUCGCCUGUCGUAAGAGUGUUGUUCCAACGGUCGACAGUACGGGAACGGUCGAAGGAAAUUGUGUUUCUCUUACCCGAUUGUUGAGGGCAGCGAAAUUGAGCCUCAUUCAGUUCUUCAGUAAAAUGAAGAAAUGGUUGGACAUGUCGAAUGCCGCGGGAGACUUUCGAAAGAAAAUCGAAUUGCUUGAAAGGAACUUUCACGUCUCUACUGUAAUUUUCAAGAAAUACGAGCCAAUUUUUUUGGAAAUCUUUAAAGAUCCAAGGGAGGAAAACACAAAGACUCAACGCGGCCGAAAAUCAAGGAAACAACCCUGUUCAGUUGGCGAUGUGUUUGCUUUUUGCUGGACAUUAUAUAUUCAAGCGAAAGGUAAUUUUCCUGCCAUAAGUGAUGAUCUGGUAAACUCUUACCAUCUGCUUUUGUGUUGCUUGGAUCUCCUUUACUCAAAUGCACUGUAUGCAAAGAAUUGCCGGGAACUACUGAAUCCAAAAUUUGAAGGCCUGCCUCAGGAUUUUGGAAACAGAGACUUCAAGCUCGAGUAUGGAUUCUUCACUCUUCGUAUUGUGAAAUACACAACAGGCCAGUGGGAGUUAUGUUGGAUAAGUGAUGAUAAGUAGGAUGGAUUAAGGUCAAUGUC